UUCUCCUCCGCGCUGCGAAGCGGCUCCCUCGGAGACUGCGGGCCCGGCCCGGCUUGUGGGGCAUGGAAGCCCCCGGCGGCGCGUCUCCGCUUAGCCCCGCGCUGGUGGGCCGCCUCCGCCAGAAGCAUGAACAGGUGGUCACUAGCUGCCAAGAAAAAAUCCAGCACUGGAAGAAGGUAGAGAGUGAUUAUGAGGCUCUUCAGGAACGACUCCGUACGCUGCCUGAUAAACUAUCAUAUGAUGUCAUGGUACCUUUUGGACCUCUUGCCUUCAUGCCAGGAAAACUUGUCCAUACCAAUGAGGUUACUGUUCUGCUUGGGGACAACUGGUUUUCCAAAUGCUCAGCAAAGCAGGCUGUUGAGCUGGUUGAGCACAGAAAAAAACAUGUAAGGAAAGCGCUGGAUGAUUUGCAAAAAGUUGUGAAGAAUUUUGAAUCACGAGCUGAAUUCACAGAAGAACUGGAGAAGAUGAGUGAUGCUGCAGGUGAUUUUGUUGACAUAAGAGAAAAAAUUGAAGACGAUACCAUUGGAACAAAAGGAAGGUACCGAACUGCUCACAAACCUCACUCAAAGCCAAAAGUAUCAGAUGUUUUUGAGGUGGAUUUUCCAGUGAAUGGAAAUCAUACAAAAUCCAUGGGCCGUUUUCAGUCAGAAGAGGAACUGUGGGCUCGCUUGGAAGAGCUGGAGAGACAAGAAAUGCUACUUGGUGAACUCGAUAGGAUGCCUGAUACAGUUGAGACAAAUGGAGAAGAUGAAGGCUUAUCUGAAGAGGAGAAAGAAGAUAAGAGGACAGAUCUGAACGGGACUUACAGAGCAGAAGACUGUGUUACUCAGGGCAAUUUCCACAAAGAAGUAACAAAUUCAGACUUGUUUGGUGGUCACCUUAAUGGCUCUACUUAUUAUCGUAGUGAUGAUGAAGAUGAUACAGAUGUUGGAGAUAACUCUGUUCCAACUAUUUUUUUCUCUCACACUGUUGAACCUAAAAGGGUAAGAAUAAACACAGGAAAAAAUACUACUUUGAAAUUCAGUGAAAAAAAAGAAGAGGCCAGGCGUAAACGGAAGAAUGGCAGUGGCAAUAGCCAUGCAACUCCAGAGCUGCCUAACAUCAAAACCCCAGCAGACAUUUACAGAGUCUUUGUUGAUGUUGUGAAUGGAGAAUAUGUCCCUCGUAAAUCAAUUUUGAAGUCUCGAAGCAGAGAGAACAGUGUUUGUAGCGAUACCAGUGAGAAGAGUGCUGCUGAGUUUGAUGACAGACAAGGAGUUCAGAGGAGUAUUAGCUAUGAUGAAGCCACUCAGAGUGACAACAGCGAAGGCAUACUUGAGGAGGAGGGGCAGCAGCAGCAACCGGAAAAGCUUCCUCUCUCUUCAGGGACAACCAAGGCAUUUUCUGGAACUGUUGUAGAAAAGGAGCCUUUGUCUCCCUCUUUAAUACCACACCCAGUCGUUGCUCUGCGUGUUCUGCCUACCAUUCUGGAGUGGAAAUCAGAGGAAGUCUUGUCUGAAGCAUCGGAAGAACCUCCAAAGAGGAUUUCAAAGUUCAAAGCUGCCAGGAUGCAGCAGCCCAGCUAGUUUCUGCCCAGCCAACCAGAUAUAUCUGGGCAUAUUUGUUGAGACUAUGUACAACUGUAUGUGUGACACCUUGCUCGUUAAAAGGGUGUCCUCUUGUUAGUUUGGCAUUGGUUAUCCUUGAAAUGUUUAUUGGCAAGUUUAAAGAAACAAAGGUUCAGCAUUUGAACAUGAGUUUUCAUCUCAAUUGGUGGGUUUCCCUGUGUGCUGUCAGCACUUUUGUGUAUGUUUGCCUUAUGAGAGCAGCACUUGACUUCUUUUUCAGAAAACUGUUCCUUACAUACAUUGUUUUUGUGUUUAAGCCUAAAUACAGGCAGUUUAGUGCCAGCUGUGAUGUUCUACAUACCAUAUGGACCAUUUUAAGGAAACUUUUCACAUUUCAAGUAGAUUCACCAGUUAUAUUGCAUUACUUUCUUUAGCGUUUUAAGA